AUGCGCAUUUGACACGCUCUCUCCUUUCUCAAACCCCCACUCUUUCACUGUUAAGAACUUGAUAUAGUCGAUAUAAAGUGAAGAGGAGUCACAUCUCUUUUUCUUUCUUUCUCUCUUGCGCAGCGUUCUAUAUCCUUUUUACGAAACUGUUACACAAUUGCUCGAACUUGUUUCAGGCCGUCCAAAAAAGCGACAGAACAUGACGAGUCCGGUCGUGAUUUCAGCCACAGCUAAGCAUACAGCAACGCUAAUAUUUUUCCAUGGCUUGGGUGAUACAGGGCAUGGUUGGGCCAGUUCCAUGGGUGCGGUGCGAUCCCCUCAUGUUAAAGUUAUUUGUCCUACUGCGCCCACAAUGCCAGUAACGCUUAAUGCAGGGUUUAGAAUGCCUUCCUGGUUUGAUCUACGCACUCUGGACUCCAGUGGUCCUGAAGAUGAAGAAGGUAUACGUACAGCUGCUCAAGUAGUCCAUUCAUUAAUAGCGGAGGAAGUUGCAGCUGGGAUUCCUACCACACACAUUGUUCUAGGAGGAUUCAGUCAAGGUGGAGCACUAGCCAUGUACAGUGCCCUUACAUUCCCAGAGCCUUUAGCUGGCAUUAUAGCUUUAUCCGCAUGGCUUCCUUUACAUCAAAAAUUUCCAGCAGAAGCAAUAGGUAAUAGGAACACUCCACUGUUGCAAUGUCACGGUGAUUGCGAUCCAAUUGUGCCAUAUAGAUGGGGUCAAAUGACAGCAUCUCUUCUAAAACAAUUUAUGACACAGACAGAAUUCAAAACAUACCGGGGAAUGAUGCAUACAUCUUCUGAGGAGGAAAUGCGCGACAUAAAGAAAUUCAUCGAAAAGGUUCUGAAACCGUAAUAGAUCAAAUUGAUAUAUAUUGAUAUUUUAUCGGUUACUUCAAGUAUUUAACUGUACAUUAUAUUGAAAUAAUUCCAAUUUUGCGAUUAUUUAAUUUUAGUAAAUUAUAUGAACUUUAAAGACGUCAAGUAGAAUAUCAUUGAAAAUCUUCCAAGAUAUUGAGAUUCAAUGCUACGUAGAAAAAGUAUACUUUCCUAUAAAGGAAUAUAUUUAUUUACAACCUUUAAUUUGUAACUGUAUAUUCAAACACUUCUUGAUAUUUUAAUGUACCAAAGCAUUCAUAUAGCAAUAUUACUGAAUUAAUCCAUGCACAGUCCUUAAUCCUUU